UUGUGGGAAGGAGUUGUUCUGUCCUUGUUUUGAUCGGAUCAGCUGAUAUUCUGCCUUCUUGUCUACCUUACGGUGGGAUGGUUACCUGCUCAGAUCUUUUCUGAAUCACAAAUCUUCGGCUCCCAGUUGACCAGAGUUACCUGGCUAUUGUAUGUGAGAUUAUCCACUUGUGCUUGCAGAAAGAUCGUUCAUGAUUUCAUCAGAUAGCGAAGAGGAACUGUACACUGAGAGGACGGCUCUGAUGUCAGCCAGCUCCUCUGCAAUGCCUUCCUAUCAGGAGAGGGAUGGGAUGUCUGGUGCUGCCAAUGUCCGGACUAACCGACGCCGAUUGGCAGCCAGUCAACCAGCAAAUCCUGCAGAGAGGAGCAAUGGCACAGAGAGUGGGCCUGCAAACAGAGAUACAGAUGGAGAGGGCGAGGAGGAAGAGGAAGAGGAACUAAUUCUAAAGUAUGGGGCGAAGCACGUCAUCAUGCUGUUUGUUCCUGUUACGCUCUGUAUGGCAGUCGUGGUGGUGACAAUUAAAUCCGUCAGCUUCUACACACAGAAGGAUGGGCAACUAAUCUACACCCCAUUUACCGAGGAUACGGACUCUGUUGGACAACGUAUCCUUAACUCCAUCCUGAACACAUUAAUAAUGAUCAGUGUUAUUGUCGUAAUGACUAUAAUUCUUGUUUUUCUUUACAAGUAUCGAUGUUAUAAGUUUAUCCAUGGAUGGCUGAUUCUAUCCUCUCUCCUGUUGCUAUUCCUCUUCACGUACAUUUACCUAGGUGAAGUCUUUAAGACAUACAAUGUGGCCAUGGAUUAUCCCACCCUGAUCCUAAUCAUUUGGAACUUUGGAGCAGUAGGAAUGGUUUGCAUCCACUGGAAGGGACCUCUGCAGCUCCAGCAGGCUUACCUCAUCAUGAUCAGUGCACUGAUGGCCUUGGUCUUCAUUAAAUACCUCCCUGAAUGGUCAGCUUGGGUCAUUCUUGGCGCAAUAUCUAUUUAUGAUCUAAUAGCAGUGUUGUGCCCUAAAGGUCCCCUGCGUAUGCUCGUGGAAACAGCACAGGAGAGGAAUGAACCAAUAUUUCCUGCCUUAAUAUAUUCCUCCACAAUGGUUUGGUUGGUAACGAUGGCGAAGCGAAGUGUGGACACUGAGGAGCCUCUGAACUACACCUGUAAUGCAGAUAAUUAUCCUGAUGUGGAGAUUGAGGCAAAUCACCACCCUGCUGAGGGAUUGGAGAAUGUUGCUGAUUUGCCUCCCACUCAAGUCCAAGGGGUGUUCCAAUCAGCUGCCGGGGGAGAGGAACUCGAGGAAGAAAAGGGCGUGAAACUUGGCUUGGGGGACUUCAUCUUUUACAGUGUCCUGGUGGGCAAGGCUGCUGCAGGUGCCAGUGGAGACUGGAACACAACCUUGGCCUGCUUCAUUGCCAUUCUGAUUGGAUUGUGCCUCACGCUCCUGUUGCUGGCUGUGUUUAAGAAAGCCUUGCCAGCACUCCCCAUCUCCAUCACCUUUGGCCUGGUGUUCUACUUCUCCACUGACAACCUGGUUCGGCCUUUCAUGGACACACUCGCUUUUCACCAGUUUUAUAUUUAAGAACUUGACUAAAACUCCACCUCACUUGGACUGCUGAUAGUAGGUGCAGGGUUGGGGAAAUUUCAGCACUGAUCUUACCUUGUAGAAGUCCAGAAGGAAAAGAAAAAUCAUUUAUAUAUUCAUAAUUUAAUGAUGCAAAUGUUAUAGCCAUUUUGAGUCUGACCAAUUGUGCAAGAUUGAAUUUUAAGAAAUGUCUUUAUAGAAAUAAAAGUAUGUUUAUUAGUAACUUAAAA